UCGUUAAAUAAUGAUCGAACACUUUACAUGUCGCAGCGAAGGUUUAAUAUGUCAAGUGAAGUGGAAGAGUUUGUUAAUGUGACACAUUCAGAAAAUUCGGUCUGUACUUUCUCUUCGCAGUAUGGACUGUAUAUUCAGUUCGUUCAAUGCAGAGUUCGCACGUUGUGUUCUUUUUUCUUCAAAACAUCAACCUCCCUCUCUAGUCGCGUGGUGCCCAAAGAGCACCCUUUGGCCACCACGCGACUAGAGAGAGAGUCCGAAUUUCUGGAAUGUGUCAUAUUACACAACCCUUCCACUUUAUUUGGCCUAAAAAAACUUCGCUCCGAGAUGUACAGGUGUUUUCUAGAACACAACAUAGAUUAUACAAACAUAGAUUAUACACAACACAUAGAUUACAUAGAUUUUAAGGAUUAA